UCUGUUAAUUUACAAUCUUCUUCUGAACAAUCGGUUAGUGGUACGACGGAAAUGCAAAAUUCAGAAACCGGUGAUAGUGAUGAGUUCGACUUAUCGAAAGAACAAAUACAUAUUGUGUAUUCUGCGUCAGUUGCGGGGUUUAUCGCACUACUUGUUAUGAUUUAUAUAGGCCACAAAUGUCGGAAGAAAUCUUCAACAAUAGAAAUAUCGAAACAAGAAAACAUUUCAUUAAAUAAUUCUAGUUCUUCAGUGCAUGAAUACUUUGAACCUAACGUUAACCAUUAUGAUAUUAUCAACGACCAUGUGACAAUCCAUAACGACCAGUCAGAUAAUCCAUAUUUAGAUGUGAUUAUUGAUGGUUCAGAGACUACAAGUGAAUCUAAUACCUCAUCAUAUAUAAAGAUUGCAGAUUCUACUGGUUACUUGAAUCCUUAUCAAACACUUACUGACAAAGAGAAUUCAACAGUUCACGUUUAUAAUACCAACAUAAGCUGUUGCAACAACAUAAACGAACCUGAUUAUCUAAAGGCCACUAAAUUUUUUGUUCAUGCGCACUCUUACCAAACUCUCGCUCACGGAUGCAACGAAGAAAAGAAUGUGUAUAAUAAAUUAAGCAAUGAUCACAAAAUCACCCAAAUUAGUCGACUUUACAAAAGUGAUGUAAUUGUUGUUAGUCAACAUGAGGACGUGCUAGUAAGUACCGGUAUUUUCAACAAUCGUCGCUAUUCGUUUUAA